AUGGCGUCCAUACUUACUACUGCAAGACUUGUAUGCAAAGACGCACAAGCCCGGCAAAAGGCCAUCGAAUCCUUUCAGAAGAUCAUCGACUACACAACACCAAACGAGCCCGAGGUGUUGCAGUAUGUGUGUGCCCUGCCAUACGAUGAUGAGGCAGGAAAUGAGAUAUACAUGAUUGAAGAAUACGCAAACCAAGCGGCAAGCGAUGCACAUAUGGUUGCCAAACCAGUACAAGACCUUAUUCAACUAUUCGCUACCGGAGAAAUUCUCGCUCAGCCCCCUGAAGUGCACAAUUGUCCUAUUGUAAAUAAAACGAUGCUGGGCUCAACAUUAUCUAUUUCUUCGAUCCCUGUUAUUGCUCUGCUGAACGUCCCUUCGAAGCCCAAUGAAUCCAUAAAGUUAAGAAGAGACUGGGAGGGGUUCUUUGGGAAAGCCGUAAGUGAUUUGGAGGGACUUGGUGCAAUUCUGGUAUCGGAAGACAAAGAAGCGAAGAGUAUUCGCAUAGAGGGUGUAUUGCAAGAUGACGACGCAUUUACAGAAUUCCAAAGGGUGGUCACGGCAAAUAAGACGGACACGGUUGAAAUGGUUAGAAUCAGGCCAGUUUGUGGCUUUGUCGGUCGUGUGGCGAAGAGCAAGUUGUAG